UUUCCCACCGGUCGUAUGUGCCGCGUACCGCGUUUCGCAAGGCCACCCAUUCGCCUAUCGGUCAAUCUCUGUCAUCUCUGUUUUGUCCUCUGCAACCCAACCCCAACACUAGCAGCGUCAUCAACCAUUCUGGUCCCUUCCCACUUUUUAUCCCUCAUCUCAACAUCCCGCGCGUAUGUGCGUGUGUAGACACAAAUUACGGAUCUUCCACCCCGCAGCUGAAACAAUUACCUCCUGUCAGUGACAGUGGCUGUCAUUUGUGGCUGUACGAUCUAACAGAAUUGACCGCGUUGCCGGUAUAGUAAGAUAAUCCAACGUAGAAGUGCAUUGUGCGCGUGUAGUGUGUUAUUCCCAGUGUGUGUGCGUGUGCGUGUGCGUAUGUGUGUAGGUGCAUUGCUUAUACUGUCUAUUCAACUAACUUAACCCUUUGCUGUGUGUCCGUGUCGCGAACGUCAACGCUCUAGUGUCUAUUUCCAUCCUCGUGUGUGCGUGUAUGAGCGCGCUUUUGUGUGUGUGUGUGGUAGUUAAUAUUCAUCUAUGGAUAAUUGGUGUCUAUGUGCGAAACCCGAAGGAAGCUGUUAUCAACUAGCGCUGCGCUUCUUAUUUGGCUUGAAACCGGUUGCUUGCAGUGAUACACUGUGUUUCUAUGAGUGUGUGGCGUAAAGUGUGACAAGCGCAUAGUGUUAAUGAAGCUUCAUGCGAGAUACUACUAGGCAGCUUUAAGCAGUGUGAACAUACGCAGCAGCACUAAGGAUUAACCAAGUGAAGCACCGAAGAAAGGAAGGCCAAACAAAGCGGGCUCACCUUCAGACAGUUUUCUACAGUCGGUGCAAAAACGUGCCGUACAUCACGUGGAGGGAAAGUUUCGCAAAGCAGUUGCCUCUUUCCGCACGACAUUCCCAGCCCCAUCAGCACAAGUGCUAGGACGUGAAACAAUCGACACAUACGUACGCAGCCUGGAGUGUGGAGCAAACUAGAGCGCGCAAGUGUGACGGGGCGUUGCAAAAAAGCUUCUAAUAAAUCAAUGUAAGAAAUCACAAAAAAAAAAACGCAAAUACGUGGCGAAACGUAGUGUGAAAAGGUGAGCAGCUUUUCGACCGAUUCUCGUAAAGUGAGUGUAAUAAUAGAUAAAUAUUAAACGAAAUAUCGUCACAAAGUGUCACAGGUUGCAAAGAGUGUAGGGGAGAGAUAGUGCAAACAGUGUGCAUAAGAAUGAAAAAUGGUUUAAAACCUAGCUAAUUGUUCAACAAUCCAAUGCAAUUAAGCAACCAAAUCUUGUCACCAUGUGUCACAGUGUAGUGCGCCAGUCAGCUGGCCGUUCGAUUCAAGCGCAACCUCAAUCGGGCGCUUAUCAAUGAGGCGUUAAGCGAAAUCUUUCCCUUUAACACGGCACACAACGCCGCCUGCCGCGUCCAAGCAAACAACGGGGCAGCUGGGGUAAAUUAGUGCCCAGUCAGUGUGAAAUAAGCUGACAGUGAAAAUCAGCCCAGCAGCGAAGGCGAGUGAUGUGAAACAAAGAAACCGAGGGAAAAAGCCGUGUACGUGUGUGUGUGUGUGUGGUGGUCGAGCAGAGGAAUGCAAAGGUAUCGGGAGAAAAUUAAUGAUGUUCGGCGGUGAAAAACAAAAGCAGUGAUUUUGUGGAUUCAAGUGAUGUAAGUGGCCGGAAAGUGAUCGGCAGAAGGAAAAAAAGAGCAAGCAAGCAAGCAAACAACAGUGUGUGGUCGGUGCGUUCUGUCGCUUGUACGGAGCAAUGUAAAGCGUGUGUCGUGUGUGAGGUUGAUCGUGUUUAUCGAGGGUCGCAAUUGUGAUUGCUUCUCAUCCAAUUGUGUGUGAGUGUGUGUGUGUGUGUGUGAAAGUGUAAGCGUUGGCAGUGUGCAUACAAAAACAUCUGAUCUGAUUGAGUAUUGAUCACAUGACAAUGGAAUAAAUCGUAUCUGCCAAACGAAGUGAAGUGGAUUUGAAGUCUGUGAAAGAGCGAAAGAGCGUAACAAAAACCAGCAAGCCACUCAGGCACAAUUCAGAUAGUUGAUCCUACCCACACCAUCUCGUUUCCGUGGUGAGCAGCUCACUGUGCUUUUUAUUGUGUGCUCUAGAGUGUGUGUGUCUGUGUGCGCGCGUUUACGUGUCUCUAUAUACGACAGAUCAAUUGCGUUAACAGAGCAAAAAGUUUGUUUCGUGCCAACUACCAGCUGAGGAUAGCAACAGAGCAACAACAGUAAAAGAAAACGAAACAAUUUCUAGACCCAAACAGGCUUCUAGACGGAAAUCUAACAGUGUCGGAAAUCUAACCAGCUUGCCGUCAGCCGGCGCCAGUGCCUGCACCUUCCGGGCCCCCCUAACAGCUAUCAAGCGAACCAAUGACAGCGCCUGCCCGCAACGGAAACUGAAGGGAUAUAGAUAGCAUCAACAUUGACAGCGGUUUAGCGGCUAUCUAAAAUGGAAUGGUGUCAUCGAAUAUCCUUCCCAAAUGAUCCUUCACAAACGAGCCCUCCCGUCCUAACCUGUACCACACCAAAGAACAAUCACCUAUACGCUAGCGAUACAAUGCCGGUGCAAUGCAUCACAAUUGUCUGUUAAAAGUUUCAAACACUCCCUCUCUCGUGAAGUGUACUGCAGUAUAAAUUUACCAUAUCUUACGCGGUGCUCUCGAUCCCCAUAAAACCGAGCCAUUUUGUGAGUAAAAUAGAAACAGCUGCAUACACGCACACACAGACGGAGAAGCAGUCUUAGGAAAGAGUUAUUUACACAGACCUAUUAAAGGAGAGUAGGAGAGUUAUUCAUCAGGUAAAGCAGUUGAAAGUCACACGGAACCAAUACGCUUGGUAGAUGAAUUGAACCGAUCGCGAAGUAAGUAAGCAAGCGGGAAACCCCACAAAAACUGGUUUCCAAAUCUACCACCAAAUUUGGGAAUUGUAAACAGGUACAGGAAUUGUAAUGUAUUUUUUGUAAGCUUCUUUUCCUUCCCCACCUAUCAACUGCGCAAAACGUCCACUACUUUUGCAGUACCCUAUUUUUAUAUCAAUACAAAAGACAUUGAAAGAUUUACCGUAAAAAAGGAAGAAACGUCAUUGACCAAAGCGAACGGCUCGGGUCACUCAAUACGCACCAACAAUUGUUGCAGUAAGCCACUCGCACGCGCCCACACACAAUACAUAAAGCAAUCGUACGUACGCUUCUUGCGGGACAGGCAGGUUUUAGUACAAGUUUUGAUACAUUACUAUUUUUUUUCUAAUUUGCUACAAACGUUAACAUUUGUAAGCACUUGUUGAUAUAGGGACAGAGGGACGACACGGAAGCAAAAGCAAAAGAAAAUACUAGGACAAUACAAACACGGUUUGGAACUACGAGCAGCACCCCUAGAGCGGUAAGCCGACGAACCCCAAAUCCAAAACAAACAAACAAACAAACCGAUAACCUGAAUUGAACAAUCGUGCCGGUUGUGGUAGUUGUUUAUUUAGUUAGAUAUUUGCGAAUGUAACGAAACCAAAGGCAUCGGAUGUAUGUUUAGUAUAUGAUAAACCCCAAUAAAGGCUUCUUUCUUUCGAGACGAUUCGCACAAACGAUUCCUGCACGUGACUUUAAAGGCCAUCUUUCGAGGCAAUUAAGUCUGUAGUGAAGACGUGCAGACGCGCAGCCCCCAGAAAAAAUCCAUCCCCAGAGAAAGUCGAUCCGGAUCGGAUGCGGCUUACCGUACGCCAGAUUGCGCCUAGCUAGCAGUAAUAUAUUAUUGGGAAAUUGUGUUUUUUUUGUAAGUUUACUGAAUGUGGUUUACACCAACGCAGCAAAUUUCCCGGAACAGCGGGACAGCAGAUAGAUUGAAAGCCUUUGCAAGGCGGAAGGGGUAAUUCAGGAUGUGACUAAUACAAAUAAUUAUACUUAGCAGUGAGAGCGAAAGAGAACGAUUGUAAGCUACAGCGGGACACACACACACGCCAACACACGAGUGAAGCAACUCUACUGACACUCCAUUAGGCACCGUUUCGAAGGCACUUGGAUGCACCACCGUUGUAACGAGAAUGAUUUUUGGAGAAGGAAAAAACGGCAGCAAUAUUGACACACAGAGCAGAAAAGUCGAUCGACACGGGGUUAGGUUUCUUUGCCAGUAAUUUUACCAAGCAAGCUCCCGAAAAAAGGCAAAAACCUGCCUGCCUAAGACGAACGAGUUAGUCCAGCAGAAACAGCCGAAACCAAAACACACACGAACAAUAUAAACAUAUAAGAUAACCGAAUGAUAGAAUAUACCCGAUGUUUGUUGUUAGUAAAGCGCAAGUAGGAGGAAGUAUCAGAAGGUAAAACAAUACAAGCGCAUACCCCCAUUUUGGACGCACUUUCAAUCAAAGCCAUAUUUUCUAAAAACAAGCAGGACAGUGUGUCAGCAGCGGGACACAUCACGUAACGUGUGCAGAGCCAUCAAACGAAACAUUGAUGUUUCACCGAUGCAACAACAUAUAGGCACACGCGCAUAUAUAUGAUAUAUACGGUAGAUUAUUGUUGUAGUAAUGUUACCUUUGGUAAGCGAUCCGUAACACCCGUAACAGUGCAUUCGCACCAACGCGUUGCAUGUCACUAUUAGCAGCAUGUUGGUAUCGCUCGGUAACGGUUUGUCAUAUUUUUGGUAAUUAUUUUACACGAACAGCAACCGGUGUUGGUUGAAACGGUUAGGUUAGGUGUGUACAAGAGGCAGCGGUUCUGUCCAGUUUUUAUCUGCAGAAUUGAGCGGAUUUGAGAUAGAUAAAGUUAUUUAGUUUACUUUUGCUCUAUUCCCUUUCUACCACUGCUUUUCUCUUCUGUUCCGUCGGCCAAGCGUGUCGGCUGGAGGUGGCGGCAAUGAAAGCUCCACACCUACCGUGGCCUGCAGUGUCCACCUAAACUACGCUAUGCAAAACCAUGUCUAUGUAUGUAUGUAUGUGUGUAUGUGUGUGUGUAGAAUGUAUCCUUGAACAAACCCGCACUAAUCACCUGAAUGGUAGCUGAAUGUUGCUGUAGCGUUCGAAAAAUCGAUGGGAAAACUAUUAAACGUAUACUUAACCACUGUACUGCUGCAUGCAAACUAGCGGGCUUAACCGUACGCCGUGGCACCUGGGGGGCGAACGUCGCCGGUGAAGAACGUACACGUACAGUGUUCGAGUGGUUUUCUAUCAUUUACUCCUAGCCGGGAGGUGACUGUGCUUUGACUGUUAGUGUCUGUGUCUGUCUAUCUGUCUGUCUGUCUGUUUAGGACGCGCGGUACUAAUCACUUGCCGACAGUGUAGAGGUGUGCAAUUUAUCAUACUCUAAAACCCCCCAUUCGUAGUAGAGCAAUCGUCGUGCGUCCCCACUUCUACCGUCGUUUACUAUUACAUUCGCUCCACUCACUGAAAAGAACGCAAGAGCAAAGUAAAAACGAAUCAUAAGAAAAAAACGAGGGGUUCGUCGCUGACGCUUACCGCGAAGAAUAAAAAAACAAACAAACAACAUACACAUCAUGCAAAAACCAAAAAACCACACAUACUUGUAACAAAACCCACUCGAUAGCCGAUACAGUAGCGAGAAUUGUCGUUCAAAAUAAAAACUAAGUUUAAAUAGCUAGACAAGGAGGUGAGCAAGAUUUUUUCUUACUCCCUUGUAAUAAAUACACCCAGACACACACAAACGCGCUGAAACAAACACACAAAAUCACACAAACACACACAAGUGAAAAACUUAAUCUUAAAUCCAGCACCUAGUGCACCCAAGAGAUAAGCAUUUUUUGAUAACUGUCUACAGAGGUUAAGGGAUAGGGGGCGAAAGUGUCCCGCUAGCGUGCGCCCAGGGGUUUAUGUUGCGCGCAAAACGAUACUGUAAAGUGUAAGCGUUUCAGUGUUACGGUGUAGUGUAGUAGCAGCUCGUUUGUAAGUGUGUCUGUGCCGGAGAGGAGAGCUAAUUCAAUCGCCAAAAAAGCAGCAACAAACAGCAAAAAAUAACACUUAGACACACAGUCAACCGAUACCGUCUUACUUUGCAUGCGUGUAGAUAAAUGUCGGGAGGGGGAAGCGCCCGUAGCGAUAUAGGCCCGUGUGAAUUGAUCAAGCAGUAGCCAGAUACAGAACAAAAAAAAAGAAAGCAAGAGAAAGCAAGAGAGAGAGAGAGAGAGCGUGCAGCUUCCGUUGUUGUUGUAAGCGUAUAGGUGAUUUACUCCUCACAACUGUGUGCUAUCUAGAGCUAUAUCCGUCUACUAAUCAUCCCAUCGGUCAGUCGUCCCGUCAAAACCCUCCCAGCAACCCUUCACCUUCCCAUCCAAAAGCGCGCCAAACCAAUCAAACCACUUGUCAGCGGUUAAAACGAACGGGGAGAAAGCUAAACGCCCCGCCAAAGCUAUCCUGUUACCAGUCCCCGACCCGUCGCCAGAGGCUUGAGGCUGACGCGAAGCUCCUGUAGGGGGUGGAAAUUCGGGCACUAUACUUCACACGUGCCCACACCCCAAUCUUCCGGCCAGCGGCCAUCCCCACACAUCCACAACAAUCUCCAUCGCCACCCGAAAGCAUCGUCGUCGUCGUCGUUAUAUAUUAUUGCUGUUAUCAUAUUGUUGUUAUUAUCACUGUUGUUGUUAUUGUUGUGGAUGCGACACUGUGCCAUCGUUAUCGUCGUCGUUGUCGGUGGUGGUGAGGUUGUUGUUAGCAGCAGCAGCAGCAGCAGCAGCAACACCAGCAGCAGUAGAAGCAGUAGCCGCCUCUCUAGCCGCGUUUGUAGCAGCCGUUAGUCUCCCGUGCCGGACUAAGAACGCAAGCGCAAGAUGUAUGCAGCAGCAGGUGGCGCCUCGCUGGCGUCACGCCAGGCGCGCAAGAAGCAGGCCCAGCAGAACACGAAAAACAAGGCCACCAACCAGCAGAUACUGCGGGAGAAGCUGGCCGCGAAGGCGGCCACCACGCCGACCAAAAGCAAACACUUCCACCAGCUGCCGGCGUCGUAUCUGCGCGCACCGCACCAGCACCACCGGAAGCUGAGCGCCGGGUACACGAGCAUACCGGGGGCGGAGCAGCAGCCACCGGCGGCGGCGCCACCGAUGCACCACCGGUUCGCCGACCAUCCGUGCGCUUCCUACACCGGUCCGGCCGCCGUUACGCCCAGCGCUGCCCAUCACGCACACGGUGGUCCCGGCCAUCUGGGGCACGUGCACCAUCACCACCACCACCACCAUCACCAUGCGGGCGGACCGGCCGGUGUGCCCGGCCAUCCCUGCCAUCUGCACGGUGCGGCCGGUGGACCGUCGGGCCAUCCGCCCGCCUCCGGUGCAUCCUUUCCGCCGAUGCCGAAACCGACCGGGUUCCGCGAGUACGACCGGCUGGUGCGGCGCCAGCAGCUCACCAAGUCCGCCACCGCCACCCUGCCGCUCGUUUCCCAGGCGCAGGACACGCCACCGCAAACGCCCGAGCAAACGCUCGGCGGGUUCGGCGAGCCGGCCCACCCGCACCACCAUCCCCAGCAGCUGCUUCUUUUGGAGCAGCAGCAGCACCAGCACCAGCACCAUCAUUCCCAACAGCACCUCGAUAAGCUGGGCCACGACGACCAGGAGGAGGAGGAACGGGAGGAAGAGGAGGAGGAGGAGGAGGCCGGAGAUGUCGAUGCGCUCACGCAGCCGCUGACGCUGCAGAUACCGAACGAUCCGAUCAUCAUUACGCCGGCCACACCGCAGGCCACACCGCCGGGCCGGCUCGGGCUGAAGCCGCUCGUGCUGACGGACGACGAGGAGGUCCGGCCGCUGGCCAGCCCGGCGCCCGGGGCGCUCGAGCGCAAGUGCAGCGUGUACCGGGCCCGCAAGUACGACGACCCGUUCGAGGAGCGGCACUACAACGCGACGACAAUAAGCAACGCGCAGCACCACCAGUACCAGCCGGACGAUGUGUUCUUCCCGCCGGCGGGCGGCAGCAUGCCGAACGGGGGCGGCCACUCGACCACGACGACCACGCCCGGCCACCAGCAGGGGCAGCUGGCGAAAUGGGACUCGGAGUACUACUGCUGCGAGUGCGACCACCGCCAGUACGGUGUGUGUACCUGUGAUCAGUUCGAGUGUGCCCAAGGUCGUGCAGCAUGGUUAGAAAGAGGAAGACGUUGCAGCGUACAGGAAACACCCGCCUCCUGCCAUCGACGAUGGGUCAAACGGAAUCGAAUACAAGACUCAUCGUUAGGUGGCUCCUCGGACGAUGAAGACCUACUCGGCGUACUCAGAGGACCCAGUUCAUUCGCCAAUGCCUUCCUAUACGUAGGUUUAGGUACCAUAGCAAUCGGUUUAGUGAUAGCAUUCGUCGGUACUGGCGAGAAAGGAUUCAAAACGGUUGAACUAAGACUAAUCGGGCCAUCGUUAAUUGGUCUCGGCUUAUUAUGUUGUACAUUACGUAUCCUGUUUUGUAUAUGCCCAUCCCAUUGUAUAUCAUCUAGUCGUAGAGCACGAGAUAAGAAAAACGCCAAGAUAGACGCAGAUCAUAGAACUUCCCUGUUACGAGGCGACAGUAAACGAGUAUCGAUAGCACGCGGACCUCACAUACCGACUAAACAGCCUCAGAUAUAUCCUAAAUCUAUCGUCAAAACCAAAACCUACGAAGGUGUGGAGGCACUGCGGCAGAUCGCAACCACGUCGCUCUUUCUGCAGAAUGAGCAAAAGGUGUCAUCGAACCGAAUCGUUCCUAUUAUCAAAGAACCAGAGAAACUAGAAGAACCACCUUUAGAGCUGAAGAAGCUAGAAUCGCGCAAGGACGAGGCUGCGAUCGUGAGCAUAUCGGACGGGGAGGACGAUUCGCAUCGAAAGCAGGCGGCCGCCCAGCACCAUGCGUCCGACACGCAGGUGAUAGAUCUGACCGGGGAAGACCAAGACGACGAGCAGUCCCACUCACCGAGCAGUGGCACGAGCCACCAACGCAAGGACAGCAAACUGCGUCGCCAGCGCACCUCCGUGCAUCAGCAGAAGCCGGCCCGAGAGCUGCAGAGCUCGGCGUACGGCGGGGCAGCCGGCCACAACACGGCGCCCAGCGAACCGUCGAGCCUGCUGAUGGAAACGUCUCUUAUGAUCAUCGGCCCAACGCCGCUAAGCUCCCCGACGAAGGCGGCUAACGUAACCCCAUCGACCCGGACGCCCGGCGGUACGCUCACCGUUCCUACCCUGUCCGCGAACGGGUCCGCCGUGCACGGUGCGGGGCAGCCGGGCAACAAAACCACCACGAGCAGCACCACGCCCGGCAAUCUGCUAACGCUUCCAGCCGCCACCGCCGCCACCACCAGCUCAACGGCCGGUAGUGCCAGCGGACCGACGGUCAGUUUCGCCGGCAGCACGCUACUGCCGGGUCAGCUUUCGCCACUGCCAUCGACGUCGUACCUGCCGUCGUCGUCGGUUGCCGGCGGUUACCGAUCGUCAUCCACUUCCUCGCCGCUGCCCGGCUUCAUGCCGUCGUCCGUUUCGCCCCACUACCACAGCAACAGCAGCAGCAGCAGCAGCAACUACAUCUACUCGCCACCGCCUUUCACGCAGCACGCGGAGCCGACCGCGCACGGAACCAAUACGAUCACGACGGCGGCUUCCACCACGCUGCUGCACGCGCCAUCGGUCAGCUCCAGCAAAACCGAACCGGAGCUAGUGUUAAGUCCAGCGAAGUUAGGACAGUAGAGUACGAUGCAGAGGUGAAGAAGGAAAACCCCCGCCACCCCCAUUCACGCCCCGUCUCGCUGCUAGCGUAUGUAGUAGUAUCACUCAUUUCCCCCUUUUUCCUUGCCUGCUAUAUAGACUUAUAUACAACAAACACCCCAGUAGAGAGCAAGAGAAUCGAAAGCCUGCGCGUGAAUAUGACGGAGCACAGGUUUGAUUAUAGGAAGAAGAAACAAUGCUACCGAUAAGAGCACACGAUAGACGAUGCUAUCGGCAAACAUCAAAGGCUAUCGCCACCCGCUAAGAAGCAAAUCCAACACAAAACCCUCUCGAUCGUAGUCGCGAUCGCGCAGACAUGAGGCGACCGCGGCGACAGGAGCAAACCACAAACCGCAGGCAAAAUGGCUACUUUUCCUUGCAUUGAGAGCAGAGCAGAAGCUGCUCUGUGAUGUGUCUAUUGAUUUAUCGCUUUGAUAGCUUUUGAAGUAUUCUUCAUACCAUCAUGGCUUGUUGCUAUGGAAAUCAUAAUAAUUAAAGUAUUUAAACAACAACAGAAAAAAAGAAACAUGUCUAGUGUCUAGCUCUACAUAUCGCCAUCGGAUUGUGUAAAAAAAAAAAACAAACAAACCAAACAACAAUGUAUUGAACAAGUAUAUAUAUUUUUAACGUGUAUAAAUUGAGCAACUUCUCAUGGCAGCCUUCUGAAUAAACAAAAUACACACACACACAUACAUACACACUAACAAAGUCAGAGUUACUUUAGCGUGGAACAAGAGGGCAUCUUGCAGAUUGUGUGCCAGCGUAACGCUAUUUAUCAGAUUGUGUAAAAAUUGUGAGAGAAACCACAAUCACACACACACUCCUUCCGAACACCAAGCCCAAGGUUAAUUGGAGAGCACAAAACUGCAUAUACACACAUAAACACAAGCUUGCCAUCGAGAGAUUGAAUUGAUUAAAAAACCAAACAGUAACGAGGUACUUCCAGGAGCUAAUUUUGAGCGAGCCAAUUUCUGGUUCUGGUUCGAUGAUGUGGUGUUUCUGGUGGGCUAGCUAGGCAGGCAACCCCACCUGCAGACUGGCAUUUCAGUUGCCAACAUAAUCUGGUAUUAAAGAAUUAUUUUACAUUCUUUCAAACGCUCAAAUGCCUUUCUUACUGUCAACCCGUUCUAUCUCCCCUAAACCAAACGAAUCCAUCCCGCAAACCCUCGUCACCACUUCCACAUUUGUUACGUGUCUAAUUAGCGUGUAAUCAACCAGAACUACA